GUUUGUUUAUUUUGGACGUGACAAUAUAUCCAUAUUCCGGGACUGGACUGGGAAAGUUGUGCGUGUGUGUGUGUGAGAGUGAACAUGUCUGUUUCGCUGUUGUGUAACCGUGUGCUCGGGUGUCGAAAUGCUUUUCAUACAUUCUCACGGCGUUUUAUUAUCGACAUGUCCUAUUCACAACACUUCAUGGAUUAUAAACGCUCGGCAAUCCCGAGCAGUAUGAAGAAGAUGAUGGCCACCAAACGAAGCCCCAACUUUCGAGAAGCCGUUUCCGUUCAGAUACUUCCGGUUCCGACCCCGAACGACCACGAGCUGCUCAUCCGGAACCGAUACGUCGGGAUAAAUGCAUCUGAUAUUAACUACUCAGCCGGCCGUUACGACCCCUCCGUCUCCCCUCCAUUUCCAGUAGGAUUUGAGGGUGUAGGAGAAGUGGUGGCGUUGGGUUUGAGCGCCAGUUCCCGUUUCGCAGUGGGUGACACGGUGGGAUAUUUAAACGACGGCGCGUUUGCCGAAUACACGCUCGUCUCUGCGGGAAAAGUGAUUCCUUUAAAAGAGCCACAACCGGAAGCAUUAGCAGUGAUCGUGAGUGGAGCAACCGCCCUCAUCGCCCUGCAGCGUCUCGGGGAAUUAAAGCACGGGGAAACUGUGCUGGUGACCGCUGCCGCCGGAGGAACCGGACACUUUGCCGUCCAGUUUGCCAAGAUGGCCGGGUGCCAUGUGGUGGGCACGUGCUCUUCUCCUGAGAAGGUGGAGUUUCUGAAGAGCAUCGGUUGUGAUCGGCCGAUCAACUACAAGGAAGAGGACUUAGCCACAACGCUACGCAGGGAGUAUCCGAAAGGCGUGGAUGUGGUGUACGAGUCAGUCGGGGGCGCCGUGUUUGACCUGGCCGUUAAUAAUUUGGCUCAAAACGGGCGCCUGCUUGUGGUGGGCUUCAUCUCUGGUUAUCAGAGUGAGUCAGGUCUGCAACCUGUCAGAGGAGCCACACUUCCUGCCAAACUCCUGCAGAAAUCAGCCAGCGUGAGGGGCUUCUUCCUGCCCCACUUCCUGUCAGACUACAGUGAGUGUGUGCUGAAAGCAAUGCAGAUGCAAGAGAAGGGGAAGCUAUUGUGCGCCAUCGAUGAUGGACAGAUGGACAAGGAAGGGCGAUUUGUGGGGCUGGAGUCAGUCUACAGAGCAAUAGAUUAUAUGUAUGCCGGAAAGAACCAAGGCAAAGUGGUGGUGGAAAUGAAUCCUUAAAACACCUGGGGAAAAAAAAGUAAAAUUUGUUUUGUUAAAAAUGUUUUACAGAAUAAAUAGGUCGUACAAAGCUGUAUAUCUGGGAAAACCUCGUUUGAAAAAUAUAAUCUGAAUCUAUAAAUAAAGAGCUUGUAAAUAA